CUGCGUUGCAUUGCCAGUGAAAGCAGCUGCGCUAUGAGGAGACACUUCAGCGGAGCACAUGAGACCUACAUGGGAUAUAAUAGGUUAUAGUAUAUCUACGGUGGUCUGUAUUCGGGGAUAUGCUAUCUUUAAACGAAGUGUUGUGAUGGAUAGACGGUCCAAAAUCCUCAUGAAGGUUAAAGCCAAAAUCCUUCAGCCCAGCAGCAUCUUCUCAACGUACGAAAGCUGCGAUUGUGCGAUUCGUGACAUCGCAUCCGUAUGAAGAAAAUGACUGGCGCACUGUAAAGCAUCUGAUAUUAUUCCCCGAAAGAAGAAUGCUGCAACAGAACAACAACAAUAACUGCUUGGACAUGGCCCAUAGGGAGCUACUGCAUGAAUGCCGAAGAACCAAUGUCUCAUUGGCCAGUGCCCUUGAGUUUGGAGCCAUACCCCUGAUUAAAGGCCUGAGAGCAUGGGCUGUAAGUGGCGGCUACUCUAAAGCCAGAAGAAAGGCUGCUAAUGGAUCUCGGCCACAGGGCACAUGCCAACAUCCUCCUGAAAACAGGGUAGGGCAGAGAAGCUGGUCAGGUCAGGUCAGCAGUGGCUAUGGGCACACACUGGAUAGCACAAUUAGUGCAAGCAGAACUCCAGGGGUCAGGCAAGGCAGUCUUGGCGCUCUUGUAACUGUGGCCACUUUGAAGGGCACUGAGGGGGGUGGCAGGCAGACUCAGACACGCUGCCUGUUUCUCAAGGCCCAGGGCAGGGGAAGCUACAUUUGCGCUGUUGGAAACCGUGGGACUGGGACGAGGGUCACGGCUCCACGGACUCAUGCUGUCAUUCUUGAAGGGACAAAGGAAGAGCUUAAAUGUUCCUCUAAAGGGCAGAAGGUGAGCCAGGAUGGGCCAGACGAUGGUGGAUUAUUCAAGGCCAAGCCCAGGGCCAUACGGAAAUGGAGGAAAUGUGGUAAAACAAUGGAGAAAAGAACAGUGGCUCACGGCAAAGCGGAAAAUGCUAGUCAAUGCGGUGACCAAAACAAUGCAGUCAUUUCAGAUUCACAACCACUUAGCAUAACACCAGAUAACACAAAAUCACAAGGCCUGAUGGGUAGCUAUCCAAGUCAGGAUGACUUGAAGUUGAAGGGCAAAGACAAAAUUCAUUCCCCCAUAUUAGUGAAAGCUGUCACACCCCAGAGCACAGAUCCACAAACCUGCUGCUUUUCUGCCAAACCAUGUGCCAAACCAAGUGAGCAGGUUGAAGAUGAGAUGAGCCUUAAUCAAUCCGAUAACUGUUCUGAGAAAGAAUUCAGUUGUGCCAAUGUCCAAGGAGACACUGAGGUCAGAAUAUGUGACCUUGAUGCAAAUGAUCGCCAUAACAUUGUUGCUGAUGUGCCAAACCUAGGGUCAUCUGUAGCAUCUGAGACUCUCUCGGAUAGUCUAAUAAUCAAAUUGCCCACAUCAAACUGUAAUACUGAGCCAAGCAUGGAUCAUUCUCCCAUGAUAACGCCCUCCGAAGUCCCUGUCAGCAUUCAGAAGAAUCAAGAAUCCAGGCCAGACCAGCGCCUACUGGACCGUGAGAAUCUACACACGGUGGAGCCUGGCGAUCUCGCAACACAGAGAGAUUGGUCUCCAGACACAAAGAAUACAGUUGUGCCGGAGGGCCUCACUCCAGUGGGUGCUGAAUGUAGCACUACAGAAAAGAGAAGGAGUCCGUCCAUGUGCUCACCUCAGCAUUGGGAGGAAUUAAUCACAGAGCAUGGAGAACUUGAAGUUCAGCAGUCUGACAAAUCCUCUUCACGAGGCUUUAGCGUAACAACAGCCAAUAUAACUGUAACCACUACUCACUCCCUGCCUGUUCCUGCCCCUACCACCACUGCAGCCAUCGCAACAGCCAUCCCAGCAUUAAGCGAGGGGGAGGUAGGGGCAAGAGGUGGAGACUUGCUGCCUCUGGUGAACUCAGAGUUGCUAUCAGAGCUGGCAAGAGUUGACGACAAGGACAAGGUGGCCGCUGACGAGGGGUCUCUUGAUGUGGGCGAGGAGGAGGACGAUGAGUUUGGGGCAUUCAUGCUGGCAGGUGGAGAGCAGCUGUGGACGGAUGGAUUCAGUGAAGUCCAACAGUUGGCUGAGGAUUACAACUGUGAGGAACACACAAGUUCUGCUGAUGCAAAUGAACCCGCAUCCUGGGCAUCUGAUUGGACUGUAGUCCAGUCAUUCCAGCAGUCGGAGAGCACAUGGACCGCCUUCAGCCAGGAGACUGUGGAGCAGACGAUAGUGCCUGGUGACCAGUGGUGGACUUCUACAGAAAAGCCCAAUCUUCCUCUCUCUCCUCUCCAUAAUGUGUCAAAUGUGUUUCUAGAGGCCUUCCCCUCAGAAAAGUCCCCCUGUGAAGAUCCUGAACACAUUCCUACACUAAAGCAGCUUCUGCAAGGACCAGCUGAAAACAGCAAUACAGGGGAGCACAAGGAGCAGAGUUUACUUGACGGCCUCCAGGAUCUAAACCGGAUGAUUGGUGUGAAAUAUAAAAGGGCAGAGUCUCUUUCCCGUAAACUUCUCCUUCAGUCACUGCAUUUGCAACAUCCCAGCUCUGAAUGUGCGACAGUUCGACUGAAGACCAGUGCCAGGUUUUCUCCAAAUCUCCCAACGUCCAACCAGCAAUUAGCUGCAAUAGCUAAGAGAAGACUGUCAUAUGACUUCAACAGAAAUAUUAUGACUUAGUCUCUAUAUCUGCUGAACAUCUUUGAGCUGUGCUUCCUUGAAAACAGGAAAUACAGGACAGAGGAAAGAUACAUGCUGAAGAACUGAGUUUCCAUAGAUUCUAUUCGAGGAUUAUUUAAAGUGUAUUUCAUCUUUCAGCGUCUGUUCUCACUCAGUGUCUGGUAGAUUCUGUUUCUCAUUCAGUUGUGUAUCAAUGCACACUAUUUUAUCCAAAUAUAUGUUUUCCAGUCUUUCAGAAUAUUGGGGUUCAUUUGGGACCAAUAUAAAAAAUGUCAAGUUAUAAACCCCUUUGCCAAAUUGUUGAGUCCAGUUAUAGGAGUCUGGUCAUUGGACCCAUUUUGAUAUAACUGAUAUAUUCAGAUGAAAAUGUCAAUAUGCAUUUGUGUAUGACUUUCAAUCAUUGCCAUGGAUUAUAUUUGUUAGAAUAAGAAUAUUUUUCUGGAGUCAUAGCAAACCAGUUAGUGCACAUUCUCACAGGGAUGUAGAUUCAUAUCUGACCUGUCACAUCCUGAUCCACAUCCCAAACUCUCCUUUCUGCUGUCUCAGAAAAUUGAAUAAAAAAAUAAAGUGAUUUUAGGGGGAUUGGGAUCAACUCAGACAAGCUCCCUGCAGUCUCUCCUUCAUCUGUCUGGAACUGUCAAAGCUAAUUUCCAUAAAAUGUAUUUUCAUACACCAGAUCACAGAAAUACAUUUUCUUGUUUCCAUGUCUUAUUUCCUUGUGCUUGAAGUACUAAAUAUAACACUGUAGUGAACCAUUUUUAACUCCUGACAAAUAGAGACCAUAUUUUCAGAAGUGUUUUAAAAUGAAUGUUGACAUUUUAAACUGAACCUGUAAGCUUGUUUGUUGAUUGAUGUAAUUAAAACAUCUUUGAAGGAC